CAGCCUGCUGCUGGAGCUGCGGAAUCUCCAGGGACAACACGCACGUACACAAAGACACGCGAACACGCACAAACACAAACAGACCCGCACCAGCCAGCCGGACUGCGGACAGGAACGAGGACAGACAGGGACGUAAACGUUGCAGUUGCGGGCGCCGCUGACGUUACCUGCCUCACUCUUCAGCUUUUCGUGAGGAGGCAGAUGAAUUUUUAUUGUUUCCAAGCUGCUCCGUGGAAACCCAAAGAGGAGGAGGAGGAGGAGGGGAGCGUCGACCCACUUUGACGAGGGGAAGAGAGAGUGGUAGACAAGUAUAAGACAGCUAGUUAAGUAAAAAGACGAGUAGAGGUUAGCUGGGUAAUAUAAAGAGGGAAGUGAGGGGCCAUUAUUAGGCAGCAGCCGCUUGUUCGUGGAGUGUGACCUGUGGGCUGCAGGUGGGUUUGGGGAGGUAGCAUGCAGGUACCGACAGGACGGAGCAGGAUGGUCCAGCUUGCCGUCUGCUAUUGAUGUUCAUUACCCCUCACCUAGACAGAAAGCGAACAUGAAGGACUCGGGGGAAUCAAAAGACCACCAGCUAACUGUUGCCUUGAGGAUCCGACCCCUCAGCGAUGCUGAGCAGGAGGAGGGGGCCACGAUUGUAGCCCACAGAGUGGACGACCAGAUGGUGGUUCUGAUGGACCCCAUGGAAGAUCCAGAUGACAUCCUCCGUGCCAACCGCUCCAGGGAGAAGACUUACAUGUUUGAUGUGGCAUUCGACUUCUCAGCCAGUCAGGAAGAGGUUUACAGAUCUACAACCAAAGGUCUCAUUGAAGGCCUCAUAUCAGGCUACAAUGCCACUGUGUUUGCCUAUGGACCCACAGGUUGUGGGAAGACAUACACCAUGCUGGGAACAGACAAGGAGCCAGGCAUCUACGUCCGCACACUGAACGACCUUUUUCGUGCCAUCGAGGAGACCAGUGAUGACAUGCUGUACAGCGUCUCCAUGUCAUAUCUCGAGAUCUACAAUGAGAUGAUCCGUGACCUGCUAAACCCAUCCUCAGGCUUCUUAGACCUAAGAGAAGACUCAAAGGGUGUGAUUCAGGUUGCAGGAAUCACAGAGGUGUCUACCAUUAAUGCCCAAGAGAUCAUGGAAUUACUGAUGAAGGGCAACAAACAGCGCACCCAGGAGCCGACAGCGGCCAAUCAGACGUCAUCUCGCUCCCACGCUGUGCUGCAGGUGGCCGUCAAACAGCAGAGCCGCUGUCGCGAUGUCCUGCAGGAGGUCCGCUUUGCUCGCCUUUUCAUGAUCGACCUUGCAGGCUCAGAGCGAGCAGCACAGACUCAGAAUCGAGGUCAGCGGUUGAAAGAAGGAGCCCACAUCAACCGCUCCCUCUUGGCUUUGGGAAACUGCAUAAAUGCCCUGAGCGACAAAAACGGAAACAAGUACGUCAACUAUCGAGACAGCAAGUUGACUCGCCUCCUGAAGGACUCUUUGGGUGGGAACAGCAGGACGGUCAUGAUAGCCCACAUUAGCCCCGCCUCUAUAGCUUUUGAAGAGUCUCGUAAUACUUUGACAUACGCAGACCGUGCCAAAAGCAUUCGAACACGGGUGAAGAAGAACCUGAUAAAUGUGUCGUACCACAUUGCUCAAUACACCAACAUCAUCUCAGACCUGCGCUGUGAAAUCCAGCGGCUCAAGAAGAAGAUCGCAGAUCAGGCGAGCCGCCAGCUUAGCUCAGACCGCGCUGACAUCCGCAACAUCCAGGCGGAGGUACAGGCCCACUCCAGCCAGCAGAGCCGUGCAGAGAUGGAUCAGUUGAGGGAGCAGCUUCUGGAUGCCUUCCGCCAGCAGAUGGAGAUCAGGAGGAGCCUGAUGGAGCUGGAGAACAGCAGCAUGGAGAUCCAGAUCGAUACCUCCAAACACCUUCUAAUCAUUGCAGAUUGGGAGCAGGAGCGGAGUAGGCGCAGAAGGAAGUGGCGUGCAGAAAGGAGGAAGGAAAGUGUCAACAAAGACGAAAGUGAGAAGGACUCAGAUUCCUCGGAAUCUCCCCCAGACAGCACAGAGACCCAGGAGGUGGCGGUGGCUCGAGAAAACCUGGUCACACUCAUGGCCGAACAGAAAAAGAUUCAAAAACAGAAGGGGUUGCUGGAGUGCAGGUUUCUGCAGCUUCGGGAGCAAGCCCGACGCCUGGAAGAGCUGCUGCCUCGGAGGGUGAGCUCAGAGGAGCAGCAUGAGGUCCUGGGCCUUCUCUGCAAGGUCCACGAGCUUGAAAUCGAGAACACUGAGAUGCAAUCCCACGCACUGCUCAAAGACAACGUCAUCCGGCAGAAGAACUUUGUGGUGCAGCGCUUUGAGCAGCACAGACACCUGUGUGACGAGAUCAUCCAGCAGCAGAGGCAGUUCAUUGAUGAUCACAGUCUGCCUGUACCGCCACACCUCCAGGAGCUGUAUGAUAUGUACACAAGAGAGCUGGAUGAGAGGAAACUGGACAGAGCCAUGGCCCUAGAUAAGGCAACCACCAGACACACCAUCAAGGAGGGAUCUCUACCAAAGAUCACCCUACCCAUUCAGGGUCGCGACACCCUGCAGGAUGUGGAUUCAGACCAGGAGAGCAUUCGCUACAUGUGCUCCGAUAACAGACGAGGUCAAGCCAAAAUGCGCAGACACACCUUGCCCCCCAUCCUGCCAGAGCCUGAGCUAGACAAAGUUUUCAAGAGCAGCCCUCAUGCCAGACAGAUGAAGAACUCGGCUGUAAUGACCCCACCUCCGAUCCACAUUAACGGGAAGGGCAACAGAGAGGUGCAGCCUCUGGCUCCUGACAGCUUCCUGAGCUACAGCCAUCUGAGCUACAGUGUCAGCAGUCACCUGGACUCAUCACCUGAGAGCAGCGAGGCCGGGACAGAUAUCCCCCUUUCACGAAAUGAGCGGCAACAGAUCCUGAGAGGAGUCCAGAACAUUGUGGUAAAAGCUGCCCGUCGACGCUCUAAAGCCCUGGAGGUGGAUGCCCUGCGGUUACCCCACGCACCCUCUCCCCUGGACCCCAAAAAGCAGAAAAGCAGCCUUUCUUUGAGUGAGGCUCCCCCGAGAGGUUUACCGAUGCGACGUGGCCGGCAGCCCAGCCCUGAGCUGAGACACGCCACCUCAGAUGAUAACCUGUCCAGCAGCACCGGGGAAGGACCUGGCCUGCAGGUGACCUGGACGCGACCUCGUUACCGCCAGGUUGCCACCAAAACCCAAACACCUCGUGAGGUGGACUUUGAAGCUCGUCGCAAGAAGAGACGCUCACGUUCAUUUGAGGUCACCGGACAAGCGCUGCCUCAAACAAAGACAACCGCAGCUCAGAGGUUUCGCCCUCUGGACAGCACGUCAGACCCUCAUCUCCACAUUAAUGGCCAACCCCAGGCCCCAAUGCUGCGUCCUCAAUACAGAGGGGUCCCUCCUCUUGCCAAAGUCAGGCCUCCUCACAACACCCAGCAAACAGGCUCAAACGCUGAGUCCUCCACAGCCAACAUGAAUAACUUGAAGCGAGCGCCUCAGCUUCGGCAGCCCCAGCCCCUCUUGUACGUCACCACCACAGGCGCUCAGCGCACACGCAGACACUGAGUCCAACACCAGCACCGACAUCCAAACAGCUGAGUCCGAAGGGCAAACACUCAGAAAGCCUCCCCAUUAAACCGAAACUGUGACGGACAUGAGAAUAGACGACACGCAACACACGCAGAUCUCCUGCUGGAUAAGCUUUGCUGUGGACACGGAGUGAUGGCGCCGACAGGCUCUGAGACCCACAUGUCUACAGACGCCAAAAAUAUGUGUUUUUCCUGUCAAGUGUUUUCGCUAUAUCUGUUUUUAAUUACUCAUGUUUUGUCAAGUCAGGAUGAUGUCAAGCUCAACAUGAAUACAAGACUACUGUUUGCUCUCUGUGAGUGUAUAUGCUGUUUUUAGCUGUUGGGGGAUCCUUAUCAGGCUUAGCAUCACCGUGAUAAUGUGUAUAAGUAUUGAGGGAAAAAGACUAGCAGACAAAAAUAUUAACAGCAAUGUGAAUGUACAUUGAGCUAUGGCCUACUGUCAGAAUACGUCAGCAUAAAUGUUUCUUGUAGUGAGAUUGCGUUAAUAUUACAUAUAUUUGGGGGAAAAAAUUAACAAUUUGACUUAUUGUGUGCUUGUGGAUUUAAUAUUGUAUCCCUGCAUUUCCACACUAAAAAUUCACUUAUUAAAUGUUCUGUUUGUUUAGAUUGACAGUAAAGCACAAGAUGUUUUUUGGGUUUUUUUUCAGAUUAGUUGGGUAGUGUUUUUAAUUUGUUAUUUAACAGUUGCCUUUUCUUUUAUGAUGUUGACAUUUUUUUUAUAAUUACUACUUUCUGUUUUU